CCCUCUCAAACCCCCCUCUCUCUGGGUGGAGUAAGUGGGCGGGGUCACAGAGGAAGUAUGUCAGACCAGUGAGACAUACACAUACACAUACACAGAGCAGUUGGAAGAAGCAGAGAGACAUACACUCCGUGUGCAGUGUGAUUCAGCGUGUAUGUGUGUUACUGAGUAGUGAUGGUAGCAGAGGAGGUGGUGGUCACUCUCUCAGGAGGGGCUCCAUGGGGCUUCAGACUGCAAGGAGGAGUAGAGCAGCAAACACCACUACAGGUGGCCAAGGUGCGACGGCGCAGUAAGGCGUGCCGGGCCGACCUGAGGGAGGAGGAUGAGUUGGUUGCCAUCGGCGACCAUGUCUGUGCAGAGCUCAACCACGCUCAGGCGAUGAUGCUCAUCGACUCCCAUCGACACACUCUCAACCUCAGGGUCAAGAGGUCUGGGUUCCACUCUGUGGUCCUGCCGGGUCGGAUACACACAGCCACACACACUGACGGGCCUGCCUGCUUCACCCUCACCUCCCCCCCUGACAGUGAGGCCUAUUAUGGAGAGACGGACAGCGAUGCGGACACACACACACACCGCCGCCAGCGACACACUCCUCCAGAUGCGCGCUCUCCCGGUCACCAGCAGGAGGAGGAGGAGACUUCGGAGAUAAGCGGGUAUGAGAGCGCUCCAGAUGGGGGCGUUUCCCUGCAGGGGACCUGGGAGCAACUACCCACACUGGGAAAUGGGGGGAUCCAACAGUGGGAGCAACCAACGGGAUCAGGAACAGGGGGGUUUCAACCUGGAGUACCACGCAGGGAGGUGGUCUACCAACCCCAAACCCAACCCCCGCAGGCCCGGCCAGAGUGGACCCACCCAGCCCGGCCCGUCCUACACCAUGCGCAGGGGGAGCCGGUGGUGGGAGGAGAGGUGGAGGGAGACAGUGGGUUCCAGGAGGCAGGGGGGGGUGUGGUUCUGGCCUGCUCACCCCUGGUGUCUCCAGAGCGGGCUAGAGGAGCCAUGAUGCUGGGCUCCAGCUCUCAGAUGGUUCCCACGGUGGGCGCCCAGCUGACCCCACUCAGUGAUGAACUGUCUGCUACGUACAAGGAAAAGGCCCGGCAAGCCAAGCUGCAGAGAGGAGAGAGUGUGGUAGACAGGCAGGUGAAAGAGGCUCGUACUAAAUGUCGUUCCAUCGCCUCCCUGCUCACCGACGCUCCAAACUCCAACUCCAAAGGAGUUCUCAUGUUCAAGAAGAGACGCCAGCGUGCCAAGAAGUUCACCCUCACCUGUUUUGGCCGCGCGGAGGGGGAGGUGGGUGCUGAGACUGGGGGAGAGACGGAGGGGGAGGAGGAGGAGGGGAGUUCCUUCCCCUCGGGUUCAGAGGUGGAUGAAGAGGGCUUUGCUGGAACCUUUGACCCCACCUGGGACAGCGAAUACCUGGACAUGCUGGAUAGGAGGAGUUCUGCCUGCCCCUCCACCUAUAACUCAAGGCCCCAAACACCAACUAAUCAGAGCUCAGGGUUGGAUUCCUUGGCCUAUCAGAGCCCAGAGAUGAACAUGUCAUUCAAUCAGGGGUCUGAGAUGAAUGCCCCAGCCUAUCAGAGCCCCGGGCUGGACUACAUAGCCUAUCAGGGGAAAGAGACAAAGCAGUAUGAGCAGCAAAGGAAAUUGGCCACUCCUGUCACCUACAACUCUGCCCCUAACACGUCCCUGACUGCAAGUUUGUCCAAUGGGGGCUCAGCAGGGAUGAGUCAGGCCAGUGUGGUUCUGACUUCCCCCUCUCACACCCCUAUCCCCCCCCAGCCUGACGUAAACACUAACCCUAACACGCCUGGGGGAAUCCAUAACCGCACGGCACGCCCCUUCACCUCGGGCCUCGCCCCAUCUCGCCCCCCUGCCAGCCCUGUCAUCUUCCGACCCGUCCAGCCCACUCCUGGCUUAACAAUGGUUUCCAAACCCACUGCUGCGGUAUCCAUGGUAACCAUCGCCCCCCCUCGCCCAGGGGGGGCGCCCGAGGCCAGGAGAGCGGUCUCCAGUACCUCCCUCUACAUCCCCCCUAGACCUACUGAAUCCAUCCUCUCUCCUCCUCCUCUUGUUCUCUCUCCUCCAUCCUCUCAUACCUGCACUCCCUCUCAGCCUUUCCCUUCUCCCUCGGUCCAUACUGCCACCUUCUCUCCUUCUUCUGACUGCUGUUCUCCUUCUCAUUAUCCUCCUCAACCCACCCAACACUUCUGCUCCUUGACUGCUCCUCAACCAUUCUCUCCUCCUCCUGCCCCCAUUCAACACUUCUCUACUCCUAGUCAACCUUUCUCCCCUCCUCCUCCUCCUCAUGCCCCAGUCUAUCCAUCCUCUGCCAUGGCUGCCCAGCCCUUCUCUCCUCCUUCUUCCUCUAAUCAACCCUUCUCUCCAUCCUCUGCCACACCUUACAUUCCCUCCCUUUCUCAGACCCAACCCCCUCCUCCCUUGACCUUCAACUCCUAUGUCUCUAUGACAAACCCUGCCAUGGUGACCCCCUCCACUGCCCAGACCCCUGCCUCUGAUUCAUUGUCGUCCCGUGAGCAGCGUAUCGCCGUCCCCGCCUCCAGAACAGGCAUUCUUGCGGAGGCGCGUCGUCGCAGCAACAAGAAGCCUAUGUUCCGUCCUUCUGUGGAGAACAAGAAGGACGUGUCUCCCAACCCGGCCCUGCUGGAGCUGCUCCAAAACCCGGAUGCACCGACCAGGAUAGGCCCAGGCCCCAUGGGGCCUAGUGGAGGAGUUAGUGGGGAGGCUGGAGGUGAGUCAGGCCCUGAAGAGGACUGGUUGAAGCUGGGGGCUGAGGCCUGUAACUUCAUGCAGGCACAGAGAGGCUCCAAGCCCCCUCCUGUGGCCCCUAAACCCCAGCCUCCUCCACAGGUACCCCAGCUAGCAGGGAAGGGGGGUCAGCUAUUCGCCCGUAGGCAGAGCAGGAUGGAUCGCUAUGUGGUGGAGACCCCCUCCUCACCCCAACCUGGUCCCAGCCACCCCCGCCAGCCCUCUCCCACACCCUCCCUCCCCUCUCAAUUCAAAUACUCCUCCAGCUGCAGAGCACCCCCCCCCAUCAGCUACAACCCCCUCCUCUCCCCCUCCUGCCCUCCCCAGGCCCAGCGCCAGAGGGCGGGGGUAGUAGGACAGGGUGGGGGUUCAGCGGGGCAUAAAGCCGCCCCUGGGGGUCAGAAGGCUCAAGGCAUCAAGGCUCUGGACUUCAUGAGUCACCAGCCCUACCAGCUAAACUCCUCCCUCUUCAGCUACGGGGGCGGGACUCCCCAGGGCCAAAACAAGAUGCCACGUGUGUAUGAGGUCAAACGUUUCUCCACACCACCUCCCACAGGCCCCGCCCCUACUGUCAUCAUCCCACGGUCAGCGACCACACUAGGAGAACCGAUGUGGAGGUCUGAUGUCAUUUCUCUUCCCCCAACAGCCACUUCCUGCUACCAAUCACUAUCUACCCCCCCCUACCAACCUCAGCCCCAGUGGGUCCCUCCUACUCCAGCCCCCACAGGCCCCCUCCCGCAGCUCCCGAGCUUCUCCUCCGUCCAUGUCCCUAACCCUAACCCCUACCCCUCCCAGGCCCACACCCCCCAACAAGGUAACAGUCAGUUUAAGAGUGCCCCUGAUCUGAGCCCUUUGGCCCACACCCCACCUCGCCCCGCCUCCACGCAGCCCUCCAGAGUGCCUCGCCCCAAAUUCAGCACCUCUAACUUGGGUCUGCAACCUAGCGUCUGGCGCCCCGGAUCCACCAUGACCUAAGACAACACACUAUAGACUGGCUCUGGAGAAAUCCCAGCUUGCAAAUUUGGUUCCUUGGAAGUUGUGGGAACGUACGUUUUUGGUUUACCAUUGGUUCUGGGAACGAAGCCAUAAGUUACCCAGACCGGUAAAACUGAACGUUUUUUAAAUAUUCUGUUCUGGGAAGGUACGCUUUUAGUUUGCAGGGAGUUUUUGAGAACAUUUUAUUCUGGUUCCCCUGAAAGUUUUCCUAGGAGGUUUUGUUAUCGUUCUUAGAACAGAAAUGAUGGAUUCUUUGAAGGUAAUUAAAUCCAGUUUUGAGAACAUUAUCUAAAUGUUGUGAAUGUUUUAAACAAAAUGUAAAGGUUAUUUCGAAAUGAUGGAAUUUACUUCCUUAACAUUUUCACUGAAUGUUUCAAUAAGACUGCGAGAAUAGUUCGUUAAGAACUCCAAGCACAGAUAAGACAAAUGGAAAUGUAUUUGCUAAGGCAUUAAAUCACGCAAACACAUGCAUUUUUGUUAUUGUGGCACGGUGUCAGUGAGAUUCAAACCUAUGAUCUUCUGUUCUCUAUCUAUGAAAUGAGUCUACUGCGCCACCAGGAUGGAGCUACCAUGUUUUUUCUACUUGUUUAAAAAAACACUCAUGUUCAUUGUAGUCUACACAAACAGACCCCAUUUCAAAGAAAACAAACAUUCAUUCAAGUGUGGCCAAUUAUCGGGCACGGCUAACACACCUGAGGAGAGAGUUGACACGGAAUGCAUAAAAAAAAAAAAACGUUAUUAAUGUUUUCUUGUGGGUUUUAGCAAACGUUUUCUUAAUGUUCUGAGAACAUGACUUUGAAUAGAACCAUGAGCAAACCUUCAGACGACGUUAUGCUGAAGUACUAAAAAUCCUGCAGAAGAAUAUUGUUUCUUAACGUUUUCUAAUAACCAUAGGACAACUAUGCUCUCACGUUUUGGACUGACAAGGUAUUGGUCUUUGUCAGUCCAAAAGAGACAUUAGUAUUGUGCAUUGCAUAAUUUACCUAAGAAUGAAAAUCAGAAGUCUAUCCACUACUCACCUGUUUGAAUACUUUGAAGUGACUUUCGUCGUUUUCUUGAUCACAUUCUUUAUUUUAUAGACUUCCUGUUUGGACACCAUUGUAGCUCUUGGUUCACACCAGCCUUGUCAUCACCAUUCCUUCUUCUGAUAAUUUGACCUCCUCUGCUUCGCCUGAUAAAAAAUAUAAUUUGAUCUAUAGUUGAUAUAGAAUAUAGUUGAUAUGUAUGAAUAUACGAAUAUAAAUGUAAAAUAAGUAUUUUAUAACGCGAUCUAAAAUGUCAGACAAAGAGAGCAAGAAACAUGGAUAGGGAGAGAAAAUGGGACUUGAUAUGUAGUUUAAUAAAACAAAAUUGAAUGUGUUGGCAAUGACAGAAUAAAGUUGAAAAUAAAGAAGGAUAAACAGAUAAAAGUGAGGAUGUGCUAAAGAGAGAUCGAGCAGAGGAGAGAUGGAUGAGAGGAGAGAUGGAUGACUGGAGAGAAGCUAGAACAUCCGUCCUAAGACAAACUGUAGGCUAAUGCUGACUUGUAAAAGGAUGGUCUACAUGCCUGCUGUGUGCUUCCAUUGUGACUUUAGCUAAGGGGCCUAAUACAGUCUCGGGGAGUGCAGGAGACCGGGGUUCAACAUCCAGUUGGUCACAUGAAGGCCUGAAUCUGAACCAAAGAGCUGACUGUAUAGGAGAACAAUACUGUACUCAUCUAUGAAGCUACCAGCACGCAGUGCCAACCUCUCCUUUUCCAUGUUAUUUUUGUCAUGAUUAUUGUGAGUAUAUUAUUAUUAUGAAUAUUAUGAAAUAGCCUGUGUUUUUCUUUCUUGCUUCGUAUAAAUGUGUCAGUGCACAGUAGUACACUCUGUAUCAGGAUGUGUUUGUUUGGUGGUUUUUCCUUUGCCUUUUCCCCUUCCUUAUUGUGAUAAGAAAGGGAGGGGAGGGAAAGGAAGGGAGGAGAUAGCAGGGAGGUUUAGUCUGAUUGAUGUGAGAGCUGAGUUGUUCAGUUGGUGUUCUGUAGUUCAGAGAAAUAAAAAACAGAUGUGAAACUC